AUUCUAUCAUUUUAUUACAUUUUACUUUACAUUACAUUACAUUGCUUAGCAUAAGAGCAUCAGCAUAGCUGUUUGAGUGCUUGGCUUUAGUUUGACUUUGAAUUAAGUUUUAGUGUAAUUUUUUUUUUAAAUAAAUUUCUGGAUAUUGUUAUUUUAAAACUAUAAAACUAACAGAGCAAAAUUAAAUUUUUAAAAGAAAUUGUUGGAAAUAUUUUAAAAUGGCAAACAAAGAUACCGAAAUUAAGAAAGUUGAUAAUAAGGCAAAUGAAUCAGACGAAACUUUUGAUUUUAAUGCUGAGUUUGAAAAGAAAAUCAAGUUAAGUGAUGACAGUGAGGAGUAUAUAUAUUCCAGAGGUCCGAAGUACUCAGAAGAAUUUUGGCCAAUACAAUGUUUUCUAUGCCGAAUAGGUCGCAUAGUAAAUGAAAAAAAAUUUCAAUCUCAUACCAAAAAUCCAAAACAUUUGGAAAAUUUGGAGAAAGCUACUAAAGAACCACCAAAUGCUGAAGAAUUUCGUCAACCGUAUGAACAAGUGUACUCCGAUCGAAUGAAUAUGUUUAAAAACCCAAUAAAAAUUUAUCCUGGAGAAACUAUUGCCGAACUUACCACCGAUUACGCUGAUCGUUUAAUAAAAAUGAAAGAGUUUCUUUGGGAUAUGCCACCAGCUGAAGGUUAUAUUGAAACUCUUAAAUCUGAUAUUAUAAUGGAUUUUAAUCAAAAAUCUCCAAUAUUGGGUUUAUGCUACGGAUUUAAAAUGGUAAAAGAUAAAAAGAUUAUUUAUCAUUGUGGAAUUUGUGAUACGGAGCAUACAGAACUUGAUGCUUAUCAGCAUUUCAACGGGAAAGAACAUUUCAAAGUUUAUGUAGAUAAGCAUUUUCCAGAAACAAUGAAAAAACUUUCUGAAAUUAAUGGAAUUACUGAAGAUCAAAAAGCUACAAUUAUUCGGUCAAUUUAUCAGAAACUUGAAAAUUGGAAAGGGCAUCGACCAUUUUAUCUUGUUAACGGAAAAGGUUUUGCUGCAGUGAAGGAUCGUUUUAUACAGAGAGCUAACAGAAUUUAUCAUUAUUGCGAUACAACUAUUAUAUUUUCUGAAAGUGAACUGAAGGAUAUGUUUGAGAAAAUUAAAAAACGGCAAAUGAUUGUUCCUACAAAUCCAGAACGUUUAUCAAAGCAGCCAAAAUCUGAAAAUGAAUUUACACAAUUACCAGCAGAUGUUGAAGAAGAGCUACCUAAUAUUGAUGAAAUCUUGAAAAAAGACAAUGCAAAUAAACAAAAUAAAAUUCCAAAAUCAAGAAAACGAAGAAAUAAGAAUAGAAGAAAUAAAAAAGAGGAACCAGAGAAAAAAGCAAGAAUGGAAAGUGAACAAGAAAGAAGAAACAAGAGACUAAGAUUGGAUGAUAGUCCAGCUAAUUGGCAAAGAUACCGUGAUUUGUGUCACCGUGCAAUACAAAGUUUAAACAAUGAAUAUGAAAGAUUUUCAAUGGUUUCUGAGAGACAUCCAAAAUAUAGAGAAGAAUGGACAAAUUUUUGGACAAUGAAAACAAGAGAAUUGCGAAGAGAUAGAAUCAAUCCAAAUAAUUAUAAUUUUAUGCCGGAAUGGAAUGAAUACUGGAUGCACUAUUUGAAACAAUGUUUUAAAAAAGAUGCUACUAAAUGUAAAUUUGAAUUUAGAAAAAAUUUAAGAUUACCUUUUCGUGACGAAACUCCAGAACCUCCAAAUGUUUUUGAAGGUUGUAAGUUUAGUUCAGGUACUGAUAUUGGUUCGCAAAAUAAUGAUACUAAUAAAGUACAAAGUGGACCUGUUCCACUGAUGAGUGUCGGUUCCAUUUUUGGUAGUUUUGAUGGUGGUAAUAAAUAUCAAAAUCAACCACCAUCAUUACCCGCACAACAAUUAUUUCAACAACAAUCGAUGCAACAAACCUCGUUACAAUCAAAAGCACAUCAAUCACAACAAUCGCAUCAGCAACAACAGCAACACCAACAACAACAGCAGCAACCACAACAACGUCAACAGAUGCAACAUAAUGUUGCUAAUAAUAAGGAUAAUACUCCAACGAGUGUAAUGUCAGUUUUGAGAAUUUUAACAGCACUUGAAAAUGAAUUAGGUAGCUUGGGACCUACUGCUAAUCAGCUUUUAGGAAAAGCUAUAUUAUAUGAAAAGGAGGCAAAACAGAGUGCAAACGAGUUAUUACAUGAAACUGAAUAUUUUUCCUUAUUUGCAACAUCAUUGGAAAAAUUAAGAGGUUUACUGUCGGCGGGCCUAAUUCCGGAUAUUAAAGUUAAUGCAACAAGAAGUUGUGUCAAUGAUUUGGAAAAAAUUCUUAACUUAUUCGAAGAGUAUUUACGUCGAAAUCCGGAGGCUGGCAAAAAUCAUAUGCAAUCAUCUAUUAUUCUACGUAAACGUCAAUUCCCAAAUUCUGAAUCUAAUAAUUCUGCUUUAUCCGGUGGACCUAUUUCAUUAAGUGACAGUAGUACAAAAAUACCGCUAAGGAAUGAACAGAAAAACGAUAAUUCUAAUGCUGGCAGGUGGUCAGGAAAUCAGGAUCAAUCGAAUUUCAAUGAUAAAUGGAACAAUAACAAUGAUAUGGGCGGCUAUUCCGGAAAUAUGAAUCGUAUUGGAAGCAACAAUUAUGAUCGUUCAAAUGGUGGUCAGUCAGAUAGAAGAGGAAACUAUGAUAACAGCAAUAGAAAUAUGCAAGGUCGUGGAAAUAAUACAUCUAAUAAUUAUAACGACAAUCGUUCCAGCAACGCAAGAAAUGAUUUUCAGCUAAAUCAAAGAAACAACGAUCAAUGGGAUAAUGGAAAUAAUAAUCAAAGAUAUUCCAGAGAUAAUUAUAAUAACAAUAACACCGAUAAUAACAUGAAAGGAAAUGAUCGAUAUGAAAGAGACUUUUCCAAUAAAAACAGUCAGAAUAACAAUCAAAGAGAUUAUCAAAAUAAUAAUCAAAGGAAUGAUAACGACAGAUUCAAUACAAAUCAAAGAGGUUCAGGAUAUAAUCAAAACAAUUCUUUUGAUUCAGGCUAUAAUCAAAGAGAUUUAGGAAAUUUUAUUAAUCGAGGAGGAAAUAAUAACAAAGAUGAUUUUAACAGAAAUAUAAAUAACAGAGAUAAUUUUAAUAGAAACAGUGCUGCAGAUAAUUUGUAUCAGCGAAAUAAUUCUAAUUUUGGUGGUCAAAACAAUUCUGGAGGCUAUGGUCAAAGAAAUUUGAAUGAACAAAAUUGGAACGCUAACAACCAGAAUCAGCAAAAAAAUUUGCCAAGUUUGUUAAAUAACAACUUUGGUGGAGCUAAUGAUUUCUCACCCCAAAAUUUUGGAGGAAGAAAUUUCUCAAGACGCUAAAUUCAAUUUGAUGUUUUCUUACUGAAUACAAAUUUAGGAAAAUUGCAGUUCUCAGCCUGGUAAAAAAAUAUUAAUAUUUUAAAUUAAGUACUUUUUAAUAAACAAGCAACUUUUAAGUAAAAUGUAAUAUGUUGCAUUUUAAAAUAAAUCAGUAAAAUUGUCUGCCUAA